UCCCAAUUCAUUCAUCUCAGGGUUCACGUUCAUUCAAACUGUUGAUCAACACAGGUUUGGAUAUCAUGUGGUCAGUUUGUUGGCCUGCCAUCUCAAAUUUUUGCGAUUCUGCUGGCAGUAGUGGGAAAUUUAUAUUCCGGAAAAGAUUAAGAAUCCUGCAAGAUGGAUGCAGCUCGCAUGACCGGACGAUCCAAGUAUCAGUGCUUGCUUUUCGAUAUGGAUGAUACCCUCUAUCCACCGAGCUCAGGUCUCAAUCUGGCAUGUCGAAAGAACAUACAAGACUAUAUGUUGGAACGCUUGGGCAUUGAAGAGAGUCAAGUUCCAAAGAUGUGCUUGGAUUUGUACAUAGAAUACGGGACCACUAUGGCUGGACUUAAGGCCCUUGAUUAUGAAUUCGACAAUGAUGAGUUCCAUGCUUACGUGCAUGGGAGAUUGCCAUAUGAUAAGCUGAAGCCUGAUCCUGUGUUAAGGAAUCUCCUGCUUUCCAUGCCUCAGCGUAAAAUAAUUUUCACCAAUGCAGAUCAAGCACAUGCAAUUCAAGUUCUCAAGAGAUUGGGCUUGGAAGAUUGUUUCGAGGGCAUAAUAUGCUUUGAAACACUAAAUCCUCCUAAAAAUUUCAACGAUGCUGAUGACAUAGCGGAAAAUGGAGGCUUCAGCUCCAAGUCACGGAUACUCUGCAAGCCUUCCAUGCAAGCCAUUGAAGCUGCUAUCCGGAUUGCUAACGUGGAUCCUAGGAAAACGAUUUUUUUCGAUGACAGUGUUAGAAACAUUGCUAGUGGAAAAGUAGCUGGACUUCACACGGUUAUCGUGGGGCGUUCAGAUCUGGUGCCAGGAGCAGACCAUGCUCUGAGAAGCAUCCACAAUAUCAAAGAAGCAUUACCAGAAAUAUGGGAGCUAGAAGAGGGCGACGAACAGAAAGUGCUCAAAUCGCAAGCAGUUGCAACCAUGGUCCAAGCAUAGGUUUCACUUGCUUAACAAGCAAAUUUACAACACUUUCGACAUUGUCUCCGCAGACACUAAUGCUUAACUAUAUUGAUAAUGUAAUUAACCGCAUGCUAUGUAUGGGUAUCUUGUAAUGGCAAAAAGCAUAAUCUGUAAGAGAAGAAGAAAGUACUGCAAUUAUGAGAUUCGGUUUAAUACAUAUAAAAUAUCGUUUGUAUCAA